AUGUGCGUCUCCCUACACCAUUACAUUGCCGAGGUCACCAAAAGGUUGCGCGGCAAACUGCUUUUAUCUGUGCCCUACUUCGACUUGGAAAUAAAGUUCCUACUACAAACCAGAAGCAGCUACAGUGUAAGAAAUCACACAAUAGAGCCCAAAAUUUGGGAAGAUUCUGUCCUGGAAGUAUCUUUUGAACGGCAUUUGGUCUAUCGAACCUAUCCUAGACCAUCAGAAUUUAUUAGUAGCGCAAUCCCGCAAAUUAUUGAACCAAGUUCCUUGCUCGACCUGUUUGAUUUUGUACACUGUCUUCAAUACAGUGCAAGAUUGCAAAGAAAAGUGGAGAAAUCUAUGAACCGUAUUUAUGAGAAGAAUAAAACCUCCCCCUAG